CCCCCCCGGAGGGAGGCACUCUCCGCGGCAGGGGGCAGAGGGGACGCCAGGGCGACUGGCGUGCUGCGCGCCUCGGCUUAGAGGCUGUGUGGAGGCCGCCGAGCGGCCCGGAGGACUCAGCCGCACUCGGGCAAGUCCGACGUGGUUGAGACCCCGGCGCCUCGCGCUCCCGACAGCCGAACGAGAGGGAUCCUGGCCAUCGGGGCACCCGGGGAGUAACCGGGGUGCAGCCUCAGGGUCAGGCUCGGGGUUCUGGUGUGCUGCGCGAGGGAGCUUGUUUGUAGGUUCCCUGCGGGUAGAGUUACGCUCCGUGCCUUUGUACAGGGCGAGGAAGGAGCCGGCAUGGCCUGGGCUCUGAAGCUGCCGCUGGCGGACGAGGUGAUUGAGUCGGGGCUGGUGCAGGACUUUGAUGCCAGCCUGUCCGGCAUUGGCCAGGAGCUGGGCGCUGGUGCGUACAGCAUGAGUGAUGUCCUUGCACUGCCCAUUUUUAAGCAAGAAGAGUCCAGUCUGCCUCCUGACACUGAGAACGAAAUCCUGCCGUUCCAGUAUGUUCUUUGCGCUGCCACCUCUCCAGCAGUGAAGCUCCACGAUGAGACCCUGACCUACCUCAAUCAAGGACAGUCUUAUGAAAUCCGAAUGCUAGACAAUAGAAAACUGGGAGAAUUUCCAGAAAUCAAUGGCAAGUUGGUGAAGAGCAUAUUUCGUGUAGUGUUCCACGACAGGCGUCUGCAGUACACCGAGCACCAGCAGCUGGAAGGCUGGAGGUGGAACCGGCCUGGAGACAGGAUUCUCGACAUAGAUAUUCCAAUGUCUGUGGGUAUAAUUGAUCCCAGGGCCAAUCCUACCCAACUAAAUACAGUGGAGUUCCUGUGGGAUCCUGCGAAGAGGACGUCUGUGUUUAUUCAGGUGCACUGCAUCAGCACAGAGUUCACUAUGAGGAAGCAUGGUGGAGAGAAGGGGGUGCCAUUCCGAGUACAAAUUGAUACCUUCAAGGAAAAUGAGAAUGGGGAAUACACUGAGCACUUGCACUCAGCCAGCUGCCAGAUCAAAGUCUUCAAGCCUAAAGGUGCAGACAGAAAACAAAAAACUGAUAGAGAGAAAAUGGAGAAACGAACACCCCAUGAAAAAGAGAAAUAUCAACCUUCCUAUGAAACAACCAUACUCACAGAGUGUUCCCCAUGGCCUGAGAUCACCUAUGUCAACAAUUCCCCAUCACCUGGCUUCAACAGUUCCCAUAGCAGUUUCUCUCUUGGGGAAGGAAAUGGCUCACCAAACCACCAGCCAGAGCCACCUCCUCCAGUCACUGACAACCUCUUGCCAACAACCACGCCUCAGGAAGCCCAACAGUGGUUGCAUCGAAACCGGUUUUCCACAUUCACCAGGCUCUUCACCAACUUCUCAGGGGCAGAUUUAUUGAAACUAACUAGAGAUGAUGUGAUCCAAAUCUGCGGCCCUGCAGAUGGAAUCAGACUUUUUAAUGCAUUAAAAGGCCGGAUGGUGCGUCCACGGCUAACCAUCUAUGUCUGUCAGGAAUCAUUGCAGUUGAGGGAGCAGCAGCAGCCACCACAACAGAAGCAGGAAGAUGGAGGAGAUUCCAAUGGUACUUUCUUCGUGUACCAUGCUAUCUAUCUAGAAGAACUGACAGCUGUUGAAUUAACAGAAAAAAUUGCUCAACUUUUCAGUAUUUCUCCUCACCAGAUCAGCCAGAUUUACAAGCAAGGGCCAACAGGAAUCCACGUGCUCAUCAGUGAUGAGAUGAUACAGAACUUUCAGGAAGAAGCCUGCUUUAUCCUGGACACAAUGAAAGAAACCAGUGAUAGCUAUCACAUCAUUCUGAAGUAGAAGGAGCAUUCCACAUUUGCUGGCUGCUGCUUCCGUCCUCUUGACGACUGCCCUUUGAAGGGGACAUGAUCAGACAUUGAAGGUCUUCUGGAACCCAGCCUACGUGAAUGUUGGGCAGGGGCAUGCUGGGUGACCAGGCCCUAAAAUGGAAUUCCAGCCCCCUGUAUUGGCCCAAGCAGUAUGGCACCCUCAGAUCCUGCCAGACAUGGAGUUGAGCAGCAAUCUGCUUAGUUCUGGUCCUUGUUGGAUACCAAUAUGAACUUCCACCAUUAGGGUGUAGAGGGCAGGGGAAUGGUGUGACGUUUAAUGGAAAGAGUUUAAUCUUGUGAUAUAGAGCUCUUGUCAUUUUUCUUUUUUUGUUUUUUUUUUGUUUUGUUUUGUUUUUUGAGACAGGGUUCCUCUGUAUAACAGCUCUUUGUCCUGGAACUUUCUCUGUAGACCAAGCUGGCCUCAAACUCCAGAGAUCUGCCUGCCUGAGUGUUAAGAUUUAAAGGCGUGCAUCACCACCUCCCUGCCAUUCUUCUAAUAUAAACGUGAACAUGUGUAUUCGUGGAACUUAGGUUAUCAGUCUCUUUUGUAUCGAGCAUAUAUUAGCUCUGCUUUGUUCACGUGUUGUUUGUUUGUUUUGUGGAGUGGGGGACAGUGGUCCAUGUUCUUGCGUCUACUCUCAAGUGCUGGGAUUAUAAGCAUUUGCCACCUUCCCUGUUUCUGCAGUGCUGGGCUUGAACCAGAGCCUCACAGUGCUAGGCAAGUACUCCAGCUAAGCUGCAGCAGGCCCUUCCCUUUAUGUUAGGACAGAGUCUCAGGAUUUAUAUUUUGUUCACCUGCAAUACCACAACUGAGGGUGAUUUUAGCUAAUAUUUAUUGGGGUGGGCAGAGUGAUAAAUUCUAUAGAUGGAUGAUCUUGUUUUCAUCCUCUUCAUAAACUCAUAAUAACUAGGGGAAAAGUGACCCCUAACUGAAGAUGAGGAAAUGUGGAAAAGUGGUGGAGCUUGCUGGGGGACAGGCAGCUGGCAAUGACGCUCUUGGGCCCUGUCGUCUGAUGUCCCAUCCCACCAAGUGCCACUCUUUGUUGCCUGUGCUCACCAUCAUUUUUUACUAGGGCUCUGUGGAAACCGAUGAGUUAGUCAGUCAAGAAGGGAGAACAUCCCUAAGUAAUGAUAAUCAAGACCUGAAAACCAGACAGGUGCCUGUGACCACGAACCUCAAGCACAGAGCCGGAGGCGGGAGAGGCCAGAGUGUCUCUGACUCUCGGAGCUCCUUGUUCUUGAUUGGGGUACUCUUUGUGUAUAUAAAUGAGCUAUUCCAGCCUCACUUUUUCCUCCCCUGUUUUAUUUUGGCAUAGUGUUCUUUUAUGUAAGCUUUACAAAAAAUACAUUCUUUUCCCAUUCAAAAUCCUGCUGUGUCUCUGUUCUGCCUUCCAAAUGACCAUGUCUUUGUGCAUGUGCAGAAUUGUAAAGUAUUAGGGGUCUUUUUGUUUUGUUUUGUUUUUUGAGACAGGGUUUCUCUGCAUAAUCCUGGCUGUCCUGAAAUUCACUCUGUAGACCAGGCUGGCCCACACUGAGAUCCCCCUGCCUCUGCCUCCAGUGCUUAGAUUAAAGGCAUACAUCAUCACCACCUGGCCAUAUACAAAGUUUUAUCCAGAAAUUUCCUCAAAUUUUGUUGAGAUGAACAAAGAUAAUGUCAAAAGAUUCUAUAUUGGAUUUGAAUUUAUGUGUGUGUGUUUUUGAAGCAUUUGAUAAAGAUUAUAUAUACACACA